AUGUUUGCGGACUAUGUGAACCUGCCCCCAAAUCAUGCUCCAACAUACAGUGAUGUGUCGGUGAAUCCCUUUUCGGCCGCCACUGGCCUUGAUAUGGAUCAAUAUUCAGGUGCUGAAGAUCGCGCCAGGUAUCCAAGUCAUAUGACGUAUCCAAUGUCACCGGAAAUGGGCGAGAUGGACGAAGCAACAAAUUUGCGUGGCUUGUAUCCAAGCGGUGGUGGCGGGGGAACAGGCUGGGGCGAUGACCCAACAGGCACUGGCGGUGGUACUGGACCCUCAGGAUAUGGUUAUGGCGCCGCCCAUGGCGGAGGAGCUGGCAGUUAUGGCUAUCAUCCUGCACAUGCACCGGUACAUGUGCCUACCGGUGGUUCGUAUUCACAUCAUGCCACAGCCGGUAGCGGUUAUGGCGGCUAUGCACCAUCUCCGCCAAAGAUCUAUGCCCGUCCCCAUCCGACCGUGCCGACCAAGGGCUUCAAAAAGAAGCAUAGCACUAGCGACAGUAAUGCCUCCACAAUGAACGCACUAACUUUGUUGGCGUUCUUCUUCUUUGUGAAUCUGCUGCAGAGCUGCCUCAAGGAAAAUAUGGAAGCCAUGAAUCCCACUGUGAUGGUGAUGACGACGAAUAUGGUGCGCAAUCGCAACACGAAGCUGGCGGAAAUGAACUCGCGUGAGCAGAGCAGUUCGCCGGCGUCGGCAUUCACAUCGGGCGCGAAUAUUGUCGUGGCCCCGGAGACUUUGGUGUCGGCGGGCAGCAGCUCAGUGGCGGCGGGAGCACCCGGUUUGGCCAGUGUGACGCUACAAACAUCGCCAUACAGUGAUGGUGGCGGUGGUGCCGCAGCUGGUGCGUCCAGUGCUGCGAAUGUUGGCAACAAUUUUGCUGGUGGCGCUGGAGUUGCCAGUAGCAACAACCACAUUGGUAAUUACAACAAUAACAAUCACGGUGGCAGCGAUAAUGGCAAUCGCCAACCCGGAGAACCCCAAUACAGUUAUGGCACCAACGGUGUCAGCAGUGGACAGCAACAUCAUGGUGGCGCAGCGGUGAUUCAGAACCAACACAACCAGAACGUGCACAACAACAAUAACAAUCAAGCAUACGGUGCUAGCCAACAUGGUGACACUUAUCCUUUUUCACCCACUCCAACAAUAAUAACGGCUAAUCGCGAUCCACGUCCAGAAUUGUAUGACCCACCCUAUCUGUACCGCAAUCAAACAAUAAACUCCGCCACCAGCCUCAAUCAACAACAUUAUUACCAGCAGCAGCAUCAACAGCAUCAUCAGCAGCACCAGCAACAACGCCCAUAUCCACCCGAACAAUUUGAAGAGGAGGAGUAUGAAGCUCAGUCUCCACAACAACAACCUCCGUCUCAAAUCCAACAGCCCCAGCAACAUGAGCAUCCCGUCCAUAAUCAGUUUCAACAACAACAACAGUACCAUGAAAAUCGUCCAAAUGACAACUAUGCACAUCAACAACAACAAACGGAUCAUCAUGAAGAAUAUCACGAGCAUCACCAUAAUCAGCAACCGGUCGCUCUACCACCUCACGAUCACUUUCAGCAUCAUUAUCCCGCUCAUCACCCUCAACAACAGUCUUCGUUCCAAUCUCAUCUACAUCAAAGCUAUGCCAGUCAUCGUCGUCCAUCACCUCCCAAUAGGGGUUAUAGUGAGGCAUCGCAUCCAUGGUCUUACAGCCCAGCUUCUUCACCAUUUAGACGUGGCUCAAGCAGCUCUCCACUGUCAUCGUAUACCUGGUCUUCAGACUCUUCAAAGGGUCACGUGAGUGGAAAUAAUAACUUUGGUGACCUCGACGAUGAUGACGAUCGCCGAUAUGAAGACUCCUUUUAUACACGUUCCGAGAGAAAAUUAUAG